AUGUCUCAUCAGCUUAGCACCCUCUUCUCCAUAGCACUUCUCAUCAGCUUGCUGCUAACCCAAACCCAAGCCGCUCGUGUGGCGCAUGUCUUGGCUGCAGAUUCUCUGGAUGUUAAAGCAGAAAACGUAGAGGUUGACGAGAGUUGUGAAGGAGUAGAAGGGAAAGAAGAAUGCUUGAUGAGGAGGACAGUCGCGGCUCAUCUGGAUUAUAUCUACACGCAGAAGCAUAAGCCAUGAAAGUUGAUCAACUUCUCAUCUCUAUGUUCUCUAUAGCCAGUCCUGCGCACCUCCUUAUUCAAUCAAAAUCUAAAGAUAUGAA